AUGAAAUUGAUUUUAAUCACUUUUGGAUUAUUUCCUGUUUCAAAUAAUUCAAUGCCAAGGAAUAAUUUGAAUUCAUUAUUCAAUUGUUCAAUUGAUUGCUCAACAUGGUUAAAUGAUGCAAACAGUUCUUCGACAAAGGAUUAUUUAUAUGAACUGACAGAUUACAACAGACAGUUUAUCAAGUGUCUUGAUUUAAUUUCACUGAGACCAAUCACUUGUACUGUCGUCACAUGUACUACUGAUAAUUCGACACGAAUUAUUAUUACUAUUAUUAUCCCAAAAAGUUAUAACAAUUUGAAACAACAAAUCGAUCACUGUUGUGAAGAAACUAUAACAAGUCAUGAAACACUAGAGAAAAUCAUCAAAUCUAUGGAUUUAUUUGAGAAACAAAGGAUACCUCCUGAUAGUGAGAAUUAUUUUGAUACUCCUGUAUAUGGAUCUGCCAUUAUUAUUUGUGCGAUUCGCUCAAUGAAUGGUUCCAUACCUGAUAAUUUACUCCGGGUUUGUAAUUUGUAUGACAAUGCUGACUGUUACAAUGUUGCUACUGAUCUUCAUCACCAUAAACUACUUCUACUUGUGCAACAGUGUAGAAAUAGAUCAAGCAGCAUAUACUUAUGUAACGAUUAUAUUGCAAAUAAUACCACACAUACUACUGAAAUAAAAAACUCGACUUUCAUAGCUGUUUAUCUGUUUGUCGAUUGCAAACAGUUGUUAAAAGAAAAAGUUAAAGAUGAACUCCGGCAAUUGUUCAAACUACUUACAGUAAAUGGUGAUUCUUUCUGUUUACUCAACAAUGGAAUAUUGAGAAAGUCAGAAGGAAACAAUUAUCUACAGAAUAUUAACCAUAAUCUAUUGAUCAAGGAUGCUAAUAGACAAAUGAAAAUUCAACAGAUCGGACAAAUUAGACAAAAAAGAAAUUCUGAACUGAAGACAAAUGCUAUGUACUCAACCCUAAGUUCACAACUUUUACCUCCAAGAAACUUGCAAAUAACACCAAUUAGUUUUGGAACUAUAAACAUAUCAUGGAUUCCAGCACCGAAAAAUGAACAGUUUAUCACACAUUACGAGCUGAUAUUAUUUAGCCUUAAUGAAAAGUCAGAUAGUCUCUUUGCUCAUUGUUUAAGAACACAGACAACAUAUGAAAAUCACACUGGAACUGAUCAUCCUCAUCAUCCUCAUGUAUACCUAGCUCCAAUGUAUUCACACAAUCGUCAAAUUCUAAUUAAUGUUACAACACCUGCAGAUUAUGCAAUAAUUACUGGAUUACCACCGGAUAAUUUUUAUCGUGUACUUUUAUUUGCUGUUGGAAAUUCCUUACGGAGUCCACCGGCUACAAUGCCAUCAUCUCCACGUGUACCAGCGCUUUCACCACAAACCGCACCGGAAGAUGUUAAAAUUACUUCACGUGGAGCUCAAAAUGCAAAAAUAUCAUGGAAUCCACCAAGUGAUAUAGAAUGUGCUGGAGAAUUGAUGAAUUAUGUUAUCAAUAUUAAUUCUUCUCGUUUAAUAGAGCCUAUAAUUAUUAAAGUUUCACGUUCAAAAAGAAACUAUAUUGUUGAGAAUCUUAUGCCAGGAACAUUUUACAGUGUACAAGUAUCUGCAACUACACGAGGUGGCCUAGGUGUUCCAUCUAAGGCUGUACACUUUCAAACAAGUGGAGAACUGCCAAAGUUAGAUCCAGAUGAAUUAGACGGUAUAGAAAAUCCUAAAUCGAAUAGUGAUAGUCAGAGUAUUGAUUUUUUUGAAGAUGAAACAAAACAAGAUGACUUGGUCGACUCAAUUCAACAGGCUGGCAAUUCACCGUUUUAUAUGUUACCGUCAAGGAUUCAUAAUCUACGUGCAACAGCAACGCAAACAACAAUAAAAUUAAAAUGGUCCAUAGCUUUGAGACAAAUUAAUAUGGAUAGUGAAACACAUUUAUUUGAUGAUGUUGACUAUGAGUAUACAUCAUUAAUUAAUCCAAGACAUUUAAUUCCUGUUCCAAUGAAAAGUGAGAAACAUGACAAAGAUAUAACUGGUUUACUACCACCAGGAACAAAAUACAUCAUACGUUGGGGUGAUAUGCAUCCAGGUCCAUCAGAGGUCAGUGUAAGAGGUGAUCAAACACAGUAUACAAUUGAAAAUUUAAGACCUGGUACAAUUUAUUACAUUCGAGUGAUAUCUGUUACAAAUGGUGGAGAUGGUCCUGCUGCAUAUACUGUUGUAAUGACACAAGAUUCUUCAACUGCUACAAAACCAACAACUCAGGGCUUAUUAAUUCCCGUAAAUUUAGUCGUUCGACAACUCGGCUCUACAUGGGCACGUGUUGGAUGGGAUUUACCAAAUGUUCCACAAUCUAUGAAAAUGUCUAUCAGUGGAUUCCAAGUGAAAUAUUACUCAGUAAAAUCUAAUACAAACCAAGAAGAAGAUGAUGCAGAAGGACAAGAAAGCAAAAUGGAAAACACAAAUUAUAUCAAUGAACAAUUUAGAGCUAAAACUAAUGAAGAGAAGAAGAAGACGAAACAUGAAUUAAAAUUAAUCAACAUGACCUUGACAUCGAACCAAAUUCAUGAAGAACACUUUGAUAUUAUACUUCGUGAUUUGAAACCUGCUACACAGUAUGAAUUUGGUGUUCGAUUGUUGCAUAACGAUGAAAUAAUAUCUGAAGAAAAUGAUUCAAACAAUAAUGACAGGGUAGUGAAAACAUAUUUUUGGAGUAUGGUUCAAGGAUUCGAGACUUUUGGUAAAAGUCCAAAAGAUGCUCCAACAAAUAUUCAACUGUCUAAAUUAAGAUUAACCAAUGAAUUACAUACACGGCUUCAAUUGUUAGAUUUUUCAACUACACACAAAUUGGAUGAUUCAAAUAUUGACGAUGAUCACGACGAAGAUGAUGACAAUAAUAGGCCUAGUUCACAUUUUCUAGUGACGAUGUUUAUUAAAUGGGAUCCACCUACUUAUCCAAAUGGCAGAAUACUUGCAUCAAUUUUAUAUCUUACCACUAAUAAGAAACAAUCUAUACGAAAAUGGACAGAGAGAUCAGUGAAUGGUGGUAGUACAGAGGCUGGUCUAUUAAGAUUACAACCAAGUACAUUAUAUUUUGUGAAAAUUAUUGCAAGAAAUCAACAUGGUCGAUCACCAUCAUCAAAUAUCAUUGCUUUUUAUACACCAGAUGCGGAUGGCACAGGAGGUGGACUGAUUCAAUUCACAAAAAAUUAUUACAAUUUAAAUGAUAUUCAUGAAUCAUUUGACACAAUUCAACCAUUUCCUAAUGAAAAUGAAAUAAAUCGAUUUUUACAAACAAAUGAUCCUUUUCAUACUACUACCAUUUCUACUCUUGCUACUACUAACAACAACAACAAUUAUAACAAUAAUCAUAAAAAUCUAAUUGAAAUUGAAAAUUUCCACUGGAUUAUUCUAGGCAGUGUUAUUGGUUGUGCAUUAGUCAUUAUGAUUAUUAUUACUUUGGCGUUAUUUAAUCGUUGUCGGACAAUGAAAUUAUCUACCAAUUUAACUAAACGAGGAUCAACUAAAUCAACUUACAAUAAUAAUACCACACCAUAUUCCGAACAUCAUCAACAUGAAAUCAAUGUACAUAGACAUGAUUGUUUACAAAAGAAUGCAUCAUUUAAUAUGAAUGAUAUUUGUUUGAAUUCGAAUAUACUAGGUAGUUGUAGUCCAACAGAAACUAUAGCUGCUGGUUCGAAUUCUGGUUCAAUUGGUAUUCGUAUUGGACAUCAUACAUUAACAAAUAAUGAAUUGAAUCAAAAUCUACGCACAAACAUCUAUUCAUCAUCACAUCAUUCGAAUUGUAUACAUUCAGAUUGUAAUGUUAAAAAACUGAAUGAAACAGUACCAUUAUUAACUGGUAGUAGUCAUUGUAAUUGUGGUGUAUCAAUUGAUACGUCUACAGCAUCGGCACCAAUGAAUUGGAUAUCGAAUAUGACAGCAUUUAAUAUUGGUGUAUCUAGUGGCGGUUGUUUUGAAGAUCAUCAUUCAACAUCCAUUGAAAGUGAUCCUGAUGGUAAUAAUUCUAUGAAAUUAAUUAAUGAUUGUCAAGAAAAUAGUAAAAAUUGGCGAAAUGAUUUGAAUUGUGGUAAAUUUAAGUUGAAUAAACAAUUAUCCGCUGAUAUGCAUGAACUGAAUAUGGAGUCAAUGAAUGGAAAUAUUAAUAAUACAUCACGUGAUAUGACAUUAUCAUACCUUGGGUCAACUGUUCAAAACCCGAUUAAUUGUCAUACACCUUACUGUCAACAACAUCAACAGCUACAAAAUAUGAGCGGUAAUCGUAGUCCAUUUAAACUUACUGGACCUGUAAUUAAUCCACCUAAUUUACAAAUGACCUGUUGUACAAAUGCUAAUAAUAAUGUUCAUUUAAAUUUUAAUCAUUCACGUGAUUUUCGAAAUAAUCAAUUGAUGACUAAAAUGAUUGGUGAUAAUGGAUGUACCGCAGGAGGAAGUGGUAGUCUUACAGAUGAAGUGACAGCAUCUUCACCAGGAAGUAGUGCCAAUGGACGUACUCAUGGUUAUUUAAAUCAAAUCUCUUCUUCACCAACAAGUACAAGUUUAAAUUUUAAAAAAUACAAUAGAAUUAUUGGAAAAUAUGAAAAUGAAGAAGAUAUUAGCAAUGAAUUAACUAUGCAUCAAGAUACAAAUUUUGUAAAUUAUAGAAAUAAACAUGAUGGACAUGGAACACAUCAAAAAUUAACUGUAAAUACUUCAAUGGAUCAACAAAGUCUAUCACCAUUACCUCCAAGAAAAUACACUAACAAUAACAAUAACAAUAAUAGUAAUAAUAUUAAUCAUAAAAAUCAAAUUCUAUCUGAAAAUCAAAAUGAAAAAUGUCAAACUCUUGGAACCGGCAUAUCAAAUCGAAAUAAUGCGCUAAGUUCUGAUUAUGCUUCACAACAAAGUAGCUUAAGUAACAAAUCCAGUGGUUCAAGUGCAACAAAUCAUGGUUUUUCACCGGAAAAACAUGUAAACUAUACAAAUAAAGUUAAAAUGAUCGAUGUAAAUACAAAUGUACAUAAUGUCGGUGCAUCCUUUGUAUUAGAUCGUGUACCGACACCAGAACCACAACAUCGUACAGGCGGGGCAUUUGCAAGAUUAAUGCAAUAUAAUUUAUCAGACCAGCAACCUUUGAAUCGUUUACAAGUACACGGUUUCACUGAGGAUGAUUAUCUUCUACCUGGGAAAAUAGAAAUGAAAAAUAAAAUUUUACAAUCACCAACAAUUAUGAGAAGACCAACAAUCACAGCAACAACCAUAACAACAACCACAACAAAACCAUCGAAUACACUUCCUCCAAACACUCUCAGUUUAAGUACAGCACACAAUACAUUUUCAACGAAGCCGAAUUAUAGUUUAGAACUGAAUAAACAUGAUCGAACACCUGAUACACCAGAUAGUAUUUCUGAACAAGAAAUGAUGAGAGGAUUUAGUACAGAAGAAUUAAAUCAAGAAAUGGCUAAUUUAGAAGGAUUAAUGAAAAAUUUAUCAGAAAUUACACAGAAUGAAUUCACAUGUUAAAUAAUUGCCUUGAUUUAAUAAUGAU